GUACUCCGUACUGGAGCGUCAGUGUUGUGAAAAGGAUGAGAGGUCGCCGCUAACCGGCUAUGGCUAUGCCUUCAUUAUUUCUAACACCAUUAUGAUAGAGACCGAGAAGAUUCUUAAACGUAUCAUUAACUAAAAAGUUGCUAACAUGACGGAUCUUCCAACAAGUGAACAGCUUGCCAACAAAGCUACGGCGUUUCAGGCGACGGCUGAAGCUUACUACAGCAUUGCUGUAGAGAAAGUGAAGGAUGUUGUGUCUGCUCUGCCUGACGACAUAAGACCUGGGCCAGAUCUCUAUGGAGUGCCAUGGGAACCGGUCAUUAUAUCUGGCUUGGUGGGACUAAUCACUAUAUUAAUUUUCACCUGUAGAUGUUAUAGUUCUGUCAAAAGCAGAAUAUAUCGAAGUAAAGAAAGGCGAAUGGCCGAACAAGUUGCCCAACUACUAGAUGAGAAAUGCAAAGUUCUUGAGACCUUAAGUAAAGUUCAACAAGAGUUUAAAGGAAUAGAGGAUUCACUCAGAGACAGUGGUGUUUUAGCCCAAACACAAAAGGCUAUACAGCUGGAGGCUAAAGCCAAACAGUUGGAACAUACUAAAAGAGAGUUUGAGAAUGAUCUUGAACAACUGAAGGAUCAGUUGAAUCAACAACGAGAAUACAGACUAGAACAAGAACAAAGGAUAAUGGCUCUGGAAGAUAAUAUUAAAACUUGUGAAGAGGAAACAAAAAUGUUCCAGUCACAAGAUGAACAGGCACAAACUACUGUUAAAGUCUAUAGUAUGAACAGUGACAGACUUCAGAGGAACCUGGAGACAGCUGGGGAAGAGAAUGCCUUGCUACAAGAGAACAACAUGCAUUUGCACCAGCAGUUGGAAGGCUGGGCAGAACGAGUGAGUGAAUUAGAACAAGAGAUGAGAAGGUGUGACCAUUCACACAGUGGAAUGCUGCAAGAUGUUGCUACAAAGGAUGAGCGCAUAAUGUCUUUGACAGAUCGUCUGCUGCAAAUGAAAGCGUGGGAUUCAGAUCUCGAGGAAGAACAAGGAGCUGAAGAGACUUUAAAUGGAAUUGCAGGACAUAAAAAGACCAGUGGAAAAAGAGAUAUUACAGAUCCACAGGGGCAUCUCCAAAAAGUCCAAAAACUCAUUCAUGCUGCUAAGUUAAAUGCAGACCUCAAAUCUGUAGAUGAAGACAAGGACCGCAUUUUUGCCAAGUUAAAUGAUGAAGUAAAAGCUAAGGAAGAUCUUCAAGAAAGCAUAAAGGGUUUGGAAAUUGAGAAGUUAUCUCUACAGUCUGACGCUAAGCACUACUCUGAUCAGGUGCAAAUACUGCAACAGAAACUCCAGAUUAUGACAGAAAUGUAUCAGGAAAAUGAACUCAAGCUGCACAGAUUGCUGACAGUUGAGGAAAAAGAGCGUUUACAGAAGGAAGAGAAGCUGAGCAAAGCUGAUAAAAAUAUAGCGAUGGCAAUGGAAGAACUCAAUAAUUAUAGACAACGAGCAGAAGAGAUGGAGGAGGAGCUUGAGAAAACUAAACAGUCGUACCAGACUCAAAUAUCAUCACACGAAAAGAAAGCUCACAACAACUGGUUGGCUGCCAGAUCAGCAGAAAGAGAACUAGCAGAAAUCAGAAGAGAGAAUGCUCUGUUCAGGCAGAAACUUACAGACACACAAUUCAAAUUAGAAGCCAUUGAAAAGGAUCCAUAUGCUUUGGAUAGUCUGGCUAGACCGUUGCCUUUUAGAGCUGAAAGAUCUUCUUAUGGGCCGUCUCCACUAGGCCGACCUGCCUCUGAAACUAGAGCCUUUCUUUCUCCUCCGACACUGAUGGAUGGACCACCAAAUAGAUUAUCUCCAAGAGUGAUGCGUGGUCCAUUAGAGCCUCUACUUGGACCAGGGGAGACAGAGAGGCCUGGAGGUCCUCAUUCAGACAGUGGUUCAAUCUCCCCCACAUGGGAGAGAGAUCGUAGGGGGCCUCCACCAGGGUCCAUGUCGGGGCCCCUGCCUGGCCCCCCAGGCCCCAUGGCUCCACCACGUUACAUUUUCCCUGAACCAGGAGGGCCCAUGUAUAGAAGACCUCCUCCAGGGCCAAUGGGCCCUUAUUCUGCUCCUGGACCCCUCCCACCCAGGGGCCACAGACCACCAGGACCACCUUUAGACAUGGCAGAUGGGUCUUAUAGAGAAAACAGCUUGGGACCUGGUGAACAUGAUCUCAGAGAGCCAAGUCCUGGUGAAAGGAGGACUCCUCCUGAGACAGAUCUGCGAAUAGGAGGCAUGCCACCUCCAGGGCCUAUUGAUGGUCCCUUCCCACGUAGAGCACCUUAUGGUCCUCCACCCCCAGAGUAUUACCUGCCAAGAGGGCCAGGUGGGCCGCCUAUGCCAGUGUGGGGUCCUCCACCCCCUGGGAUGAUGUACCCUCCUCGUUUCCCUCCAGGAGGACCACACCCACCUAGCAUGGGUCCGUACAGCGGUCCUCCUAUGCACCCCCAUGUACCUGAUGGCCAUCCUCCUCCAUCUAUAGGCCCUCCUCAACCACCUCCCUCUGCUCCAACACAGAGGCAGUCAUCAGAAGAGCACACAGAAUCCCCUCAAGAUAUAAUUUAAAUUAGACCAGGAUGUGUAAAAGAAUAAAAUGAGCAGGAAGAUUGCUAAAUUAUUCCCCAAUUUGACUUGUAAAUGAGGACAUUAUGGAAUGUAAAUUCCAUAAUGUCCUCUAUUUGCUCUGUCACUUAAUUAUGGAGCUUUUACUUUGGAAAAGGGCUGCAUUAUGUUAUAAAAAUGGACUGGACAGCAUUUCAUUAUUGGACGUAUAGAUAUAUUGAUCUGAAGAUCAGUCGGCAGUUUUUUUUAUUUUGUAUUUUAGGAAUCUUUGUAUGAACAUUGUCAACUGAGACUUGGUCCCUCAUUUUAAAUUUCCAAAUAGGACAUUUCAAGGAAGUACUGACUAAAUCUAAAUGUCAUUUGUUAGUUUGCCUUCAUUAUUAGACAUCGGAUGUGUUGUUACAUUAAUAUCACAUGUUCAAAGGCUUUAGCUUCUCUCACAGUAAUUACUAAAACAGGAUUUGAUUUUUUUGAGAAUUU